AGGCAUCCUCUGCGGGCAGCGUGCCGAGCAGCCCGGCGUCCAAGCGCGCCGACUCCGCGCGGACCGGGUGCAGCUCCGGGUCGCCGCCGACGCAGGCCGCCUCCACGGGCAGCGGACAGAGCAGCGCGGGGCCCCCCGCCUCGGGCAGCAGGACGGCGAGCUCGAACUCGAGGUCGCAGCGCCACUGGAAGAUGUACCACCAGCAGCAGCGGAGCACCAGCAGCUCCAGCGCCGAGGACUUAGAGUCGAGGGUGAAGGCGACUAGCGACCGCCAGCCUCAUCCAGAUUCGGGCGACGAUCAGCACAGCCCACGCCCCGCGGCCUCUGCCGCGGCAAGGCGGCGCGGCGGCGGGCGCUGCGCAAAGCGGCCGCGCGGCGCAGCGCGGCGGCC